UCGGAGCCAGGGAAGGGAGCGCAGCGAGGGACGGGCUGGCCACGGCUCUGGGACCGAGGGGAGCACCUGGGACCAGCUUUGCUCUGCCCCCAAGACACAGUAUGGAAGCCAUUGCGAAGUUUGAUUUCACUGCUUCUGGAGAAGACGAGUUGAGCUUCCAGGCUGGGGAUAUGUUGAAGAUUUUGAGCUCCCAGGAAGAGUGGUAUAAGGCUGAGCUCAGAAGUCACGAGGGCUACGUUCCUAAGAACUUCAUUGAUUUCCAUGUUCCUCCCUGGUUUGAUGAGAAGAUAUCCCGCCAUGAAGCAGAGAACCUCCUCAUGAGCAAAGGAGUCGGCUGCUUCAUCGUCCGAGCCAGUCAGAACUCUCAUGGUGACUUCUCCAUCUCUGUCAGGCAUGAAGAUGAUGUGCAACACUUCAAAGUGAUGAGGGAUUCCAAGGGUAGCUAUUACUUGUGGACAGAGAAAUUCCACUCACUAAACAAGCUGGUGGACUACUACAAGACAACUUCCAUCUCCAGGCAGAAGCAGAUCUUCCUAAGGGACAACAGCCAAGAAGAAAAGGAGAGGUGUGGUGGGAGCCUGGAAUGGAUAGGUCGGGAAGGAUUCCACGUGGGAGGAGCAGCUGGAGAAGAUCAUUCUUCUGUAUCCAAGAGAUAUGUAGACCAUCCUGUUCCCACACUGCAGCAGCAACAGGAAAGAUAUGGUGGGAGUCUGGACAGGAAUGACAUGAUGCACAGACUAAGGGAUCAUGGCCAAGGCAGUGCAGGAGCUAUGCAGAGGAGACACACGGACCCUCUGCACCAGCAGACACCGCGAACGCUGUGGGUCCGUGCCUUGUACGACUUCGAUGCUCUGGAGCACGAUGAGCUGGGCUUCCGCACUGGGGACAUCUUGGAGGUUCUGGACAGCUCCAACCCCUCCUGGUGGAAGGGACGCCUGCGUGGGGAACUGGGGCUCUUCCCUGCCAACUACGUCACACCGGUGGUGCUGUGAGGGCACAGUGCGGCCCAGAGGGCUCUGCUCGAGCUGCUCUUCCGACGUGACAGGGACAGAGAAGGAGUGCAUCUUCCCUUGCCACCAGGACAUACAUUGUUUUUUGUUUUGUCUUAAUUUAUUGGCAAUUGAUCUUUUGAAAUGAUGGUAUGAAAGAGAACCCUUUGAGGAAGAAAUUUUUUACCCCUUUUUUUCCACAGUCAUGAAGGGGAGGGAGCAGAAAUCUUGGACUGUUCAUUAAGACUUUGCUGGGUGCUCCCUGCCCUGUCACCUCUUUAGCUAACUAUUGAUAAACUCCUGCAAUUAGGUUUAUUCUGUAGAAAUGCCCCUCAGGAAAGUCAGGCUUCAGGUUAACUUCAGGUUCAGUAUUCAGGUAGCCCUAUCCCUUCAUUUUGGAUCUGGUAGCAGUCAUAGUCUCUUCAGGCUCCAUUCCACCUUUCUGUCAGAGGCAGGAGGGAAACCCAUGUAAAUUAAAUUAUCCUUGGCCACCACAUUAAACCUUCAGUUAGGGAAGGAAAGUGAAGGAGGUGGAGGUUGAGAUAAUCUAGGCUUUCCCUAAUAGUUUCUGGCUUUCUUCUAGUUUAACUAUUUUCUUAAUAGUUUCUGGCUUACCCAUCUCACACUGUGUGUAUGGACUGUAUGGAUAUACCAGAUGAAGGGGAGGAACCCUGUAAGCUUUUGUACAAACAUGCAAGUGGUGAAGGUAUGGGAGGGCAAGAAGCUUUCUUUGUUUCUUCUUGUAGGCCUGCUCUUCUUUCUGUACCCCCUAGCAACUUCCCAUUUUCCAGCUGCUCUCUUAGGUACCUACACUUCAGCUAGAUAGUCUGAUUAGAGAAGAUCAGACCCUUCAGCUAAAUUAGUAUCCACUGGAUUGGAUAACAGUUAAUAUUCCUCACUGGUUCCUUUUGUAGAACUGAACUGGGGAGGAAUUGGAGAGUUUUCUCUGGUUUGGUGGCAGAAAUUCUUUCCCUGACAACUUGCUGUGCUGAGGAUCACCGUGUACACAGCUCUGGCUUACUAGAGAAAUGUCCCAUCCAACAGGUUAAGCUGUUAUUUUACAGUAUGCAGAGAAUAAAGCUGUAGCCAUCUAAUAGUCUAUUCUCUAUUCCAGUUUCUUUUGGAUAAAAUAAGGUAAAUUAAUUAAUUAAAUUAAGUUUUCAAAUAACUGCUAAGUGAAUGCCCAGAUGUGAUAGAAAUUUAUUGCAAAUGCACAUUACAUGUCCCCUUAACAAACCCUGUGAUGGGGACUCUACUGCAUAACCACUGCUCAGGCAUGUUGAUAUGAAACAAGCUGCCUGAAUUUUUCACAUGUGGGACCUCAGCAGUCAGCAAGGAGAAGUGAUGAUUAAUCAUUAUUGAAAAAGAAAGAAUAGGCAAGUGAAAACCUCUAAGCACAAAUCAGACUCAGCAACAACAACAACAAAAAGUUCUUACCUUUUGUUAGUCUCAGUGGAAGAAAAAGAACCCAGGAAAUGGGUUCUUGGGGAAGGCCAAUUCAAUGUAGCUGGCCUGAAUAAGGCUGCCAGCUAGACAGAGUGUUAGCACAAAGAACCCAUUUUGAGAGAACUCCACCAAAAGCAGAUUGUUAAUGGGUGAAGUAAAAUGAGAAUAUUUAACAAGGCAUAUAAACUCUAUAGAGAAUAGAAAACUUUGAAAGACUCAGUUAGAACUUACUGGCUACCACAGUGGUCCAGGGAAUAUGACUGCCUGGGCUGGAUGUGGCCCUGUUCUCUUGCAGGAGCUCUGCUCUGGCCCUUUAGUGUCUUCUUCUGAAGGGAAGUCCAUGAGGCUUCUUUUGGAACAAGAUCCCUUACCAUUUGUAUGAGGGUGUAAGCUCAGGACUCCAGGCAGUAAUAAAUUUGGAAGUAAGGUAGUAAUAAAUUUGGAAGAGAGAGGGUUAACACUCAGUGAGGGAGAGGGAGAGCAUUAAGGCCAAGAGGAGAUGGAACCAAGAAACCAGAGACUAACAAAGGCAAAGGAGGGAUAAAAAUGAUGAAUCUUUCAUAUUCAGAUCUGGCUGAAACAAAAGAAAUGGUGUAUUCACAAUUAUUCCCAUCAUGUCAAAUCAUCUUUCAAUUUUCUGUAUUAGUUACUUUUAAAAUUAGAAGCAAUGUCUCUUUUUCCUUUCCUCAGCACUCUAAAGACCCUCUUGGUAGUGAAGAUGUAGUUGCAUAAAAUUAAUUGAAGAUAAUGCACUUAGCAGUUUGAUAGCUCUUCAUGCAUUUGAAACCCCUUUACAGAGAUUAACUAAUUAAGCAAGUCUAAGUAGUGCCUUGCAAGUACCCCUGUGUUAACUCAUGACUCAUUUGAGGAAGAGGUAAAUUUUCAUGUGAUUUUUUGAAUUGAUGUUUAAGGAACUAAUACCUAAGGUAAUUAGUAUUAAAGGACUGCACACUAAUUAUGGACAGCAUACCAGAGCCACAGUAAAAUCAGGAUUUCUCAUUAUGAGCAGCACCUAAUGACAGCAAAAUUACCAGGAGGUGACAGCCUCAUGGCAUCUGUGAUAACUCCACCAGGGCCUUGCUCUGCUGCCCUGUGCAGGGGCCAAGCUCAGGGCUGCCUUGCCCAGUCUCUCUUGCCUCUGCUUUUGGCCUUGCAGUGCUGCCUGCAGGUACUGCACAUGGCAGGAGCUGGGAGGCACAGGGGUCAGCCUGCAUUUUUGUACCCUCCCACAGUAAAAGUCAUUUUUCUCCCAGAAAAAGAGCAAUGCUAAGGAUUGUGGCUAUUCCCAAAUCAGUGAAGACUCCAGAUACAAGGGCAAAGUGGGGAAUUUUGGAAGGAUAGAAGGGGCUCUAGGAUGGAGACAUUUUCUAUGUCCCAUGCUAUUUUCUUCCCAUGAAAUUCUCUCUCUCACAGAUCAGGCCACUUCAUAAGGAGAGACACUCCUCUCCUCUAACCACAUACCCUGCCAGCCUUCCUGCGCUUUCUUCCAACAGGUUUUAAUUGUAGCACAAUCCUUAUUAAUACUGUGUGAUUCAUUCACACCUCAGAGUCUAUUGCUCCUGCAAGAGGCACAUAUUAGCAACCUGGGACUGGAGCCUUAAGGUGACAGUGCUGCUCUGACCUUACCUGACAUUUGCCAGUGUUUUGGAAAGAACCAAACCUCUGUCUGGAACGUAUCCCAAGAGAGUCCACUGUGAAACCAAAAUGGGAAGGGAUAAAGAGGAAAACCAGAAGAGUAUUUUGUUUGUUAUUUUUCUUAAGCAAGAAAGACAGUUCAUGAGAGAAGAGAAUGUAAACUGAGAUAAAAGUAGGAAAAGUAUGUGGGAAGGCAAACAUAGCAAAUGAAACAGAGGAAGCUGGACUUGUACAUGGUAAAAUAAGUUUGAUGAGCACAGCUGAGCUGUGCUCCUGUCUGAAUGAACUUUUUGCCUAUGUUCUGCUGCAAAUAUUUUGUUGGAAAUGUCUAUGUGAUUAAUAAGGCUGAGAUAAAAAGAGUAAAUGGAAAUUUCCUUUGAUGUGAAA